AGCGACUCUCUUCUUCUUCUUUCUCUCUUUCUCUCACAUAACAAAGGGAAAAGCCUUCUUCAUCUUUUUCUUUUUUCUUGGAAAAAACUCUCUUUUGAUUAGGUCUAAAAUGGCAUCAAAAAAAGCAAGGAAAACAAACCGAGCUGAGAAGAAACUCAAAAGAACCAAUUUCAAGAAACAACUUCCACAACACAUAAACACCGACACACCUACUAGUCUCGACCAUACUUCAUCGACGACUAUUGUCUCUUCUUGUUCCUCCACAACGACGUCGUUUUCUCCUAAAGCCACAGGCUACUCUGUUCACUCUCCUUCUCCGAAGAAGCUGACGUCGUCACCAGGUGAAGGUGGUGUCGGCGGCGGUUGUUGUACCCCAAAAUCUCAGAAGUCUCGGAUACCGGAGCUGCUGACGUGUCCACCGGCGCCGAAGAAGCAAAGAGUCCCACAAAACUGCGUGUUACGACGGAGACAGAUUGUUUUCUUUGCUCCUCCAGAGAUAGAGCUCUUCUUCGUCAAAGCAAACCACCAAUAA